AUAAUGGCAGCGCGGCAUCGAUCGUAUGCAUUAGUAUUUCUAGUUUGCUUGUGGGUGAGUGAGGUAAGAAUGCGAAUGAGGCAAAGUCAAUCCAGUCGGAGAACAGUCUAACUAUCGCAACUGAGUGAGGCACGAUUUUAGCAGUGAUUUUCGGAGAUUAUUUUUUCCGUAUCCCAUCACUCGACCUACAACCGAAUUAUUGUCUAUGGUAAACUAAAACUAUUAGUGUCUAACAUUCCGGUGAAAUAGUUUUCUCAGUGAGUGUUACCCGGUCGAGGUGGAAAUCAUUUUAUGAAUGAAACAUUGUGUGAGGGUGAAAUAGAAGAGCCAUCAUAAUAAUGGAAGCUUUUACGAUGGAUGGGAUAAUCGCUGGUUUGAAAAAUGCAACCCUGGAAAAGAACUCGGAGCAGGCACUGCCUUUGCUGAAACAAAUAUCUGAAGCGGAAAGUACUCUCUGUGAUAAAUAUGACAUCAAAGCAGAUCUGCUGGACUUGCUGUCGCUGGAUGACCUUGCGGUGCGUGUUCAGGUGGCGCGGUGUAUUGCGGAGGUAGCCAAGACUGAAUCCCAGCGAGAUAAGUUUACCAAAGAAGACAUCAUUCGGAAACUGAUUUCGUUUCUAUCCAACGAGGCCGAUAGUAGAACGCUUGAGUUGAACACUCAAGUCUGCCGGGCGCUCGGAAACAUCUGUUAUGCAAAUGACGAAGCGCGUAAUAUCAUCAAAGCGACGAAAGGUGAUGAGUGUAUCUUUUCACUUUUGGACUUGGAUUUGGAUACCGACGACGAGGACAAGGAUCAGUUCGUUCGUGUGCGGUGCGGUUUGAUUUCCAACUAUCUUCUCGGUAGCGAUGACAUUGCCGAACGUGCAGUGGAGUUGCAAAUUAUUGGAAAAAUCGAGAAAAUUCUCGUUCGCUGUGUUGUUGAUGUUGACAAAUAUGAAGAUCUUCUGCUGAACACGCUGCCACCGUUGAGCAUUUUAACCGAACAAAUCAGUGAUCUAUAUUUCGAACCAUCGCUGAACAAAGUCAUUGCCCAGAUCUUGGCUAAAUGCACCAAUCCCGACCUGGCCGAAUCGUGUUUGGCACUCCUGCACUACGAGGCUCAAAACGAUGAUGUCAAAUUACUGCUGGCAGAGGAGGGCUUAUGCGAAACGAUCUACAAACUGCUGGAGAAGUAUAAGACCUUUGCAAACACCGAUGAGGCAAGGGUGCUUAUGAAGCUGGCUUGCGAUCUGAUUGUACUUAUUCUAACCGGAGACAAAUCAAUGCAUUAUUUAUACAACACUCCGUUGCUUAAAUACAUGGAAGACUGGCUUGAUUCAUACGAUGUUGAACUGCUGACGACCGGUGUUCUGGCAUUGGGUAACUUUGCUCGUACGGACAGGCACUGCAUUUAUAUGGUAGAGAACAAAAUCAUGCACAAAAUGCUUGCUAUAUUGGCAAAAAACAAUGGAGUCGACAACCAAAUGACUCUGCAGCAUGCUCUAUUGAGUACACUGAAGAAUCUUGUUAUCCCGAAGCCAAAUAAGGCAGCAGUCAUUGAAGCUGGGUUGGUGGAUAUUAUUCUGCCCAUGUUGGAAAUUCACCAGCCUCCAGUUGUGUUUAAACUCCUCGGUACACUUCGAAUGACAGUGGAUGGACAGGAAAAAUUAGCGCAACAGUUGCUGCAAAACCAGAGCCUUAUAAAGCAACUUGUUCACUGGAGCAAAACAUCGGAGUUUACCGGUGUGCUCGGUGAAUCGCUACGUCUGAUGGCGUGGCUCAUUAAGCAUGCGUACCAUGCCAACAAGGAUUUAUCGACGGCGGACGACACGGGACUAAGGAAGUUCGUUGAAGUCGAAGGCUCCGUCGACAGUAUGGUGAAUAUGCUGACCUCAACUCAUUUAGUAAUGCAAAAUGAAGCGUUGAUUGCGCUCAGCAUUCUGUCAACGGUAUUGCACAACAAAACUGCCAAUAAUCUGAUGUUGGAUAAGUUGCUAAUUAAGUCCGAUGUUGGUGCGAAACUGGCCGAACAAAUCACUCUUAAUGGAGAAACGAUGACAAAGGAAAUAGUUGAUAACCUGCAAACAUUUGCACGAUUACUGAAAACCUCUCCCGACUGUGUAGAACAUUUGAAAAAACAUAACAUAGAUGAGUUGCUAAGCUCUAUACCCAGUCAAGUUGAGUACUGUACGCUUUAAAGUAUUAAAGCUGAUCUAAAACUUUUUCUAGUUACUUACAACUUUUGUUAUUUUGUCAAAACAAUAAAAAAAAGUUCAUCUGUUGGAUGAGUCUCUAAAGCAUUGUUUGUACAAUGCUCAUUUUCGAAGACAGCGCACAGAAGGUCCAAUGACGUCCAAGCGGACUCCUGCUCUUGGCAAUAUAACUAGGUGAUAUAAAUCCAAAAUUGUGUUACAGAUAUUUUGUAACGAUUUUGUGUGGUGUUAAUUUCAAAUUAAAAAAAACAUACAUGCAAUUACCAUUUUAGUCAGUAGAUGAUUCGGAGAAUUCUUCUAAACUUUAAAUAAGUUAAAAAAAUGUGUUCGUACUUGAAUUCAGAAAUAACUUUUAUAAAACAUUAACAACUGAUAACUAAAAAACAAUCACUGCAUUUAUGAAAUAUGUGCUAAAAUAUUGCGAACAGAGCGAAACAAUUGUAGAAAUGUGUAGUAAUAUUUUCGAUUUCUUCAAAUACUAUUUUUAAACAAGAAAUCUGCACAGAACAUAUAAGACUAACGAUUUUCUAUCAUUACUAUUUCUAUACCGUCAAAUGAAUGCUGUUGUAGUCCACGAGUAGAUUCGCUUAAAUCCGUUCCUCCUCACAAGUGAAAGUCCUGUUUCAAUAUUCUACUAAAAAAACACACAAAAUGUCUAAUAUAACAUGUUGAGAGCAUCUAAAACCAAAUAAUAAGCAAUGUUUUUUUCAUAUUUGUCGACGACAAAAUGUUAUGAAAUGAAGUUUAAUAAUCAAAUUCAUGUCAUUCACAUACGCCAACAAAGACACAAGAUUGUUAUUUACAAGCAUAUUCAAAUAUAACUUACAAACCGCAACCCAUAGAUGGGUUCGCAUUUCGACGAGCAAAUAGAAAGCACAACUUAAAGGUUUAAUGUAUUGAUUUGAAACAAUAGACGAUAUUAUCGAAUAGUUAAGCGCAUUUCCGUUUGGAACAUUCAGAUUACGAACAUACAUUUCACGCAAAAUAUGUGUGUAGAGCAGAAUAGCAUGCAAACGACACAUCGAACAGUAGGACAUAUACAAGCACAUUGAAAAAAAAAAUCGUGGAAUACAAAACUUAUUUCAUCUUCGUAUAAAAUAGUUUGCAACAAUAAUCUUUCGCAUGCAACAUGCAUUGUAACAAGCGCAUUAAAGUAUAAGUAUAGAACAAUUUUGCGAAAUAAAAGGCUCCAAUUGAUGAAAAAA